UCUUCUGGCCGAAUCUCUGGCGUGCACGCUUCCUUGGGCUCCAAACGAAAGGGCGUUGAUCGCAACCAUGGACAUGGCAACGACGAGUGGCGUCAUGCAAAAGAAGUUUGAUGUUUUACAGCGGCGAUUGGAUUAGUGGACUCGACGGUGUAUAGCGAAGCAGUGAUCAAGUAGAGCCCCUAUAAUACUAGCAGCGGGGAAAGAUUAUCUAUUCCAGGCAGGGCGAGGUACAAGCGCCUCAUCAAACUCUGCGUCGUUUCCGGACUUUUAGAGGCAUUUGAAGAAACAAAGCCACCACCAUGUGCUGCUGUUGUCCGCCGGCUGUGUCGGCUCUCUUUUGCCUGUGGGCGCAGAGUGGGUGCAGCAAGAGCAGCGUGGCCGGUGCCUUGACCUUCUUUCCACCGGACCCCCCUCUCUAUCAGUUUGAACGUCGUGAUUCUGACGGAAAUAUUCUUCCGCACGAUGACGAUGGAGUCAAUGGCAAGGGCCCAGAUAAUGAUAUGCAAAGCAACGGAAGCAACAAUCUAUCACAAACAGAAUCCCCCGACUCUAAUGAUAACUACGAUCCGACACAUCGAACGGGGGAGACCAAAGAACGCAUGCAAUCACCCGCUCAACAACUAGUGGACAGGGCAAAGGACUUGAGACAACAGGCCAAAUUAAGGAAUGCACGGGACGGCAAAGAUCACAAAAAUAAUGUACAAUACAGAUUGAAACUGGACUCUCGUUUGGCCGUGCCGCGUUACGACCCCAAUGCGGUAGAAGCCAUCAAAGUCCCCUCCAAGAACGGUAUCCACGUUGCCGCGGUGAUCUACCGAAUCAAUGCUGCACAUGACAAUGGGGACAGCAAGGACAACACAGACAAGAGAAAACGAAGUACUACCAAAACAAUAAUAUACAGUCACGGAAAUGCUACCGACAUUGGAGCUAUGUUCCCAUUGCAGGCUGUGCUCGCCCACAGUCUAGACUGCAACGUUGUCAUGUAUGAUUACUCGGGCUUUGGAGAGAGUGGGGGGAUGCCCUUGGAAGAGAAUACCUAUUGCGAUAUCCAGGCCGUGUAUGACUAUACGCUGGAACAUGUGGCCAACAAUGACCCAUCCAGUAUUAUCUUAUACGGACAGUCAGUUGGUGGGGGCCCAUGUUGCUAUUUGGCAAUGAAGAAUGAUUCUUUGGGAGGAAUGGUCCUACACAGCGCCUUUACGAGUGGUAUGCGCGUCUUGACUCCUAGCCGACUGCUGGCAUGUUUGGAUAUAUAUCCGAAUAUUGAUCGAAUCAAGAAAACAAAAUGCCCGGUUAUGGUGAUCCACGGACGCCUUGACGAAGAGGUCGAAGUGGGCCAUGGUGUAUCGCUGCACCAGGCAGUUCCUGAGCACCUGCAACGGGAACCGUGGUGGGUAUCGGAUAGAGGACACAACGAUAUUACAGAAGGGCCUGGGAAGCUGGCAGAAUAUAUUCGAAGACUCCGCAAUUUCCUCAUGAGUCUAGACGACUGACACAACUUAUUUGUCUCUCUGUCGUUCGACGACAGCAGAUCUCUAAUUUCCAUGAUGAUGGGCUUGUAUCCUGUCAUUGGGCAACAACAGCAACUAAAUAGUAAUUGGUGUAAGACUGGGGUCCGCCGCAGCGUGCGUGUAAACCUUAGAGGAGUUGACUACAUUAUUCAUAGGAAGGAACAUUUCAGCUAUGGGAUAGGCAGACACGGUUCCGCUUAGAGGUUCCUUGCAACCUGUCUAAUGUCAAUUCCAAGCCAGUAGAAAUUUGCUCACUAAGCUAAGCUUACAAAUAUGAGACCCACAAUACUUCUUCCAAAGUUUUACUAAUCCGCUCAAUGAGUAGAUUGUCUUGCUAUCUUAUUGGAUUGUGCGAUGGAAGCCAGGUGGGAGAAAUUGCAAUACGGUAGUGGCAGUGGCCAUCAUGCACGCAUCUCUGCAGUUGUCUGCUCUUCCCGUGCGACGGGCGGCCAGCAAAAGUAAAAAGGACCAAGAACAAAGUAAAAUAGAAAGAGAAACCACACCACAGCCUCGACAAAACGUACACUGUACCGGUACCCAUUGCAAUUUUCGCUGCCUAAACUGCGACGCCACUGAUAUUCUCAGCAGGAUAGCCUACUAUAUGAUGCUAUUACCCUUUCGUUUUUGUUGUUUCUUUUCUUUCUUCUCCCUCUUUUUGACCACCUUGAAAUCUCUCUCUUUCCAAUCACUGCGUUUGACCCGAAUAGGCCGUGAACACAGCCAAGUUUGAUCCAUUUCCCGAAUGGCACGAGCACAUUCCAAUGGAUCCAACAAACUCACAAAGCC